AUGGGCGAGCAAGCCUUCGCCCGCUGCCCCUCCCUCGCCUCCAUCGCGCUGCCGCUGCCCGAUGGCCUCUCGAUUGGCAACAGAGCCUUCUACGACUGCCCCCUCGACGACGAAGCGAAGGCAGCAGUGCGGGCCAUCAACGUUUGGGCGGUACGGCUUCCAAUCGACGCGCAGGGGCACACCACCGUGCCGGAGGGCGUCACCUCCAUCACAAGCAGCGCCUUCUCCGACUGCUCCUCCCUCGUCUCCGUCACCCUCCCCGCCAGCCUUCCCUCCAUCGGCAUCUACGCCUUCCACGGCUGCUCCGCCCUCACCUCCGUCACCCUCCCCGCCACCCUCACCUCCAUCGACCACGAAGCUUUCGCCAACUGCUCCGCCCUCUCCUCCAUCGACCUCCCUGCCAGCCUCACCUCCAUCGGCGAGGGCACCUUCCACAGCUGCUCCUCCCUCGCCCGUGUCACCUUCCCUGCCAGCCUCACCUCCAUCGACAACUACGCCUUCUACGGCUGCUCCUCCCUCGGCUCCGUCUCCCUCCCCGCCAACCUCACCUCCAUCGAAGGCUGCGCCUUCUACGGCUGCUCCUCCCUCGUCUCCGCCGCCUUCCCCGCCAGCCUCACCUCCAUCGGCAGCCACGCCUUCGCCCGCUGCUCCUCCCUGACCCGCGUCACCGUGCCAGACACUGCCACGAUCGGCGCCCACGCCUUCCUGCCCGCCACCACCGUCCUCCGCCUCUCGCCCGCAAGCAUGCGCGACCUGCAGCGCUGGUACGAGGCGGUGGACGGGGCUCUGGCCUACAAGCGCUGCCGCCCCCUCCUCUACGGCUGGCUAGAGCGGGCCCAGACCAGGCUCGGCUCUUACGGCCCGGACGGCGCGGCGCGCCAGCGCGACCGCGAGGAGUUCGAGGGCGACUUUGCGCACCUCGCGCUCCAUGCAGACUGA